UAUCACAGCUUGACAGCAGCUAUUGUGUAAUAUUUAUUGAAAGGUUACACUGGUCUAAGGUAGUUCCAUCUAACCUAGUCUAAGAACUUCAGAAAAUUACUAAGAAGUUAUCCGUAAGUUUAGUCUGAAAAUCCGCCAACAGGGUGCCGAAGGCCUGGACUGGAGUACAAACUGUAGACAAGCCCAAAAAUAACUAGCACGCGUAGUCUGCCAGAUUAUUCUUUAACGAUAAAAGCGUCAUAACAAUAACCGCAGUAAUAAACCGUUUUACAGGUGCCACAUUGUUUGCUAACGCACGCCACAGGGCAUUUUUUACGAAAUUUUAAUAAAAAAAAUACGCCUGAGCUAUAGAUAACAUAAAUCGAGAUACAAAGUUGUGCGUUGAGAAUAAUUAACCCAAGGAAAUAAGUUCUGAAUUGUUUGCUUAGUAUUCAAAGGAGAUUUGAGAAUCAAACUACGUUUAAGUAUAUGCAGUGAGUGACUCCAGUCCCUAUUGUAACUUCGACUUUGAACAGUAAUUAUUGUACCUAGUAAGGCUACCUAAACUGCAGUGCCUGUGUAUCUUGAUUUUUUAAAUCAAUGACUUGGGUAGAGGUAGUUAUAUUUUAUGCGUAUGAAAUGAUGUUAUUGGUUUACAUUGUUUUUAUACUGGACGACUUCGUGAGCGCUGAUCAAAGUUUCAACUAUGAAAAACUAAAUAACUAUGGCUUGGGAAAGCCUAUUAUAUACAAAAUUAGAAACUUCGGUUACCCGUAUCCUGAAGAGUUGCCUACCAAGAAACCUAGUCCCUACGUGCGGUCGCCGUACCGAAGCGUGUACCAGGGUGCCAGAAACAAGGGCGAUAGACGGGUUUAUAACAAGAACUUCCAGUACUCUCCCAAGAACAGUGGUCAUCAUCUCUAUUGCGAAGGGGUAUUUGAUUGCACGUUGUCUCACGUAGCAGUGGAAACGAAUGGCAGCAUCCCGAUAAUCCUCCGCGGUGGAGUGGGGUACAAGUACUUCACUGUGAUCAUCCGAGCUGAGCCCUUCGUGCAGCUGGCGGGCAGGGUGCGGGCGUACUGCAGGCGCGCCGCGUCCAGCCACGAACACUUGACCAAGUUCAGGAAGUUCAGGAGAUAUUUGUAAACCAAGUUAACUUAGCACAACAAUUAUACCUUCUACGAGUAG